UUCUUUCUUCCCCCUUCCCCUUUUACUUUGGCCUUUGGCUUAAAAAUUUUCACCAAAAAAACACCGCUCACCACUCAAAAAUAUAUCUGAAAUCCACAUCUCCCCCUUUCAGGACAUCUCCAAUUCUCUCUAGUAUCAUUCUCUUUCAUUUCCCCCUUUUAUUCAUCAGCUUCCAUGGGUUUCCCCCCUGGUUUAAGCCCUUCUUAGAGACUUGUAUAGAUGGAGUGGGAUAGUAAUUCCGAUCUGAGUGGGGACGAAGACGAGGGCUCCGUCUUCAACGUCGGCGACCCACUUCCUUUCCCUGUCGAAAACUUGCUUCAAACGGCUCCUUGCGGCUUUGUCGUCACCGAUUCUAUUGAACCCGACCACCCCAUCGUUUAUGUCAACACUGUCUUCGAGAUGGUUACUGGGUAUCGCGCUGAGGAGGUUAUUGGCCGCAAUUGCCGUUUCUUACAGUAUAGAGGGCCAUUUGCUAAAAGACGACAUCCUUUGGUAGAUUCCUCAGUAGUUUCAGAGAUACGGAGAUGCCUUGAGGAGGGUAUUGAAUUCCAAGGCGAGUUGUUGAACUUCAAAAAGGACGGGACUCCUUUGAUGAACAAACUGCGCCUUACUCCUAUAUAUGGAGAUGAUGCAAUAAUCACUCAUGUUAUUGGGAUUCAGUUCUUCACAGAAGUGGACAUUGAUCUAGGUCCAGUGCCCGUAUCUUCAAUAAAGCAAUCUAUGAAGUCAUCUGACCGUUCUCAUUCUGAUAUUUCUGCUUUUCGACCUGUAGUGGUUGGGGACCGAAAUGUGUAUCGUGGGUUUUGUGGGAUACUGCAAUUGAGUGAUGAGGUAUUAUCUCUCAAGAUACUUUCACGACUGACUCCAAGAGAUAUUGCAUCUGUUAGUUCCGUCUGUAGGCGACUAAAUGAAAUGACAAAGAAUGAGGACCUUUGGCGGAUGGUCUGUCAAAAUGCAUGGGGUUGUGAAACUACACGUGUUUUAGAGACGGUUCCUGGUGCAGAAAGACUUGGGUGGGGUAGGCUGGCAAGGGAAUUGACAACUCUUGAAGCAGCUGCAUGGAGGAAGCUUACCGUUGGAGGGGCUGUUGAACCUUCAAGGUGCAACUUUAGUGCGUGUGCUGUCGGGAAUCGAGUUGUACUUUUUGGUGGUGAAGGAGUAAAUAUGCAACCGAUGAAUGACACCUUUGUAUUGGAUCUAAAUUCAAGCAACCCAGAGUGGCAACAUGUCCAAGUGAGUUCCCCUCCACCUGGUCGUUGGGGUCAUACACUUUCUUGUGUGAAUGGGUCUCAUCUGGUUGUAUUUGGUGGCUGUGGAAGGCAGGGCCUACUCAAUGAUGUUUUCGUGCUAGAUUUGGAUGCAAAGUCUCCAACCUGGCGAGAGAUCUCGGGAUUGGCCCCUCCACUUCCAAGAUCAUGGCACAGCUCCUGUACUCUUGAUGGAACCAAGCUCAUAGUUUCCGGUGGUUGUGCAGAUUCAGGAGUACUUCUUAGUGACACUUUCCUGCUUGAUCUUUCAAUGGAGAAACCUGUCUGGAGAGAGAUACCAGUUGCAUGGACCCCACCUUCUCGUCUGGGUCACACACUGUCAGUAUAUGGUGGUCGGAAAAUAUUGAUGUUUGGAGGUCUAGCUAAGAGUGGCCCUCUCCGGUUUCGUUCUAGUGAUGUCUUCACAAUGGAUUUAAGUGAGGAGGAACCGUGUUGGAGAUGUGUAACUGGUAGUGGCAUGCCUGGUGCUGGAAAUCCUGGGGGAGUAGCUCCACCUCCGAGACUUGAUCACGUUGCCGUGAGCCUUCCCGGUGGAAGAAUUCUCAUCUUUGGUGGGUCUGUCGCUGGUCUUCACUCCGCUUCCCAACUUUAUAUCCUGGACCCAACCGAUGAAAAACCUACAUGGAGGAUACUGAAUGUGCCCGGACUGCCACCUAGGUUUGCUUGGGGGCAUAGUACUUGUGUUGUCGGCGGAACAAGGGCUAUUGUACUCGGUGGUCAAACAGGCGAGGAGUGGAUGCUAACCGAGCUCCAUGAACUAUCGCUUGCCAGGAAUGUCUGAUUACCUGCAGUCCUGACCAAAAGAUGAUUCUGCAGAUGCAUAUAAUAUAUGUUAUAAAAGAGUCGCGGUUCGAAAAACAAGAGUCCACAAGAUGAGAUUGAAUUCUGAGAACAAACUGGAUUGGUGAACAUCCUUAGAAAAUAACAAUCCUGACAAACAUUCUUCUGGUCGUGUGAAACAUGUUCAUGUCCCGAGGCUGUUCUGGUCCUGCUGGCUGGCACGACAGGGGCAAAACUCGGAAACGAUUGGCUUGAAACAUGUUUGGUUUUUUUGUAAGGUUUGGUAUGAGCCGUCUAACAAUGCUCACAAUGGUUUAUUAUUGCUUCUUAGGAUGCUAGUAUUUGAUACAGAUACUGAAACAAGUUAGGUUCUUUAUAUAUUUUAUUAUACUAUAUAUAUUUGUAGGCUCUGUAAUUAAGAACAGAGGAUGUUGCAUGUUUAUAUUAA